AUGUUCUAUCAAGCAAAUGGUGAUUAUGAGUUAGAACUAAAAGAAACAUUAGAGAAAAAAGAAUCUCUCUUCGAAGCUUCCGAAAAUAUAGAAUCUAACAAUAAAAAAGUACAAGAAUUUGAUAAUCAAAUUCUUACAUUUUUACAAAUUGAAAAAUUUAAAAAAAUAUUUGCUCAAUAUACAAUUAAAGAAAAUGAUGAUGAGCAAGAAACUAAUGAGAAAGUGAUGGUUCUUUUAGAUCAGCAGGAAAAAGAAGCUUUUUUUGUCAAACUUCAUACAUUAAUUUGCUGUAAAACUAGAAUAUGUUUAAGUAAAAUUGAUAAUGAAUUUGCAUUUCAAGUUUUUGAUAGCAUUCGAAAAUUAUCAAAAAAAGAAUAUAAUAUGCUUCUUUUAGGAAUGCUUCAUAUAAUGAUUUGCUUUAAAGAGACAACUAUGCAUGGUAAAAAAAAACAAUACUUAAUCAUUAAAUAUACUUUUAAUGAUAAUAAAAUUUGUGAAACUGCAUUUCAAACAAUAUAUCUACUAUUAGAUAAAAAAUAG